CCAACAUCAUCUCUCAAGCCAUCAAGUUCUUCCUCUAAAUCUACAUCAUUACCAGUCUCACUUGUAGCAGCAUCAUCAAAAUGCAGUCAGAACAGUGCAGAAACAUCAAGGCAGUCAAAUAAUACAAAUCUAAAACAAAGUCAAGUUGCACCAACACCUGCUAAAGUAAAUACGUCAUCUAGAGAAGCUAGUACACAGGCUAGUAGCUCUUCAUCUCGUUGGCACUCACACAGAAUGGGAGGCAACCAGUCCUUGCUUCAAUCGCGACGGGAAGAAAUGCAGAACUCUCAACUCUCUCGUCGAGUUGUAGAAGCAUCAGCAAGAAUGACCAGACCAUCCAGCAUGCCUGCAGCAGGUGAAGCACGU